GAUUCUCAAUCAAAGGGGGCAAAUUCGUAAUUGUAAUAAUCCUGCAAGAGGGCUGCCUUCAAAACCCUGUCGUUUAAACAUCCACCCUCCACUGUGUAGCCCCCAUUGCCAUCUCCUUCCGCAGAACUUCCUCAACUCCUCUUCCCCGCCGGCUAGAUAAUUUUGAUUGGGAGAAAUCAGGUGACCAGAAUGGGGGCAGGAGGAAGAGAAGUGUCGAUUUCUCUGGACGGUGUGAGGGACAAGAAUUUGAUGCAGCUCAAGAAGCUCAACACUGCCCUCUUCCCAGUCCGGUACAACGAUAAAUACUACGCUGAUGCUCUCGCCUCCGGUGAAUUCACCAAAUUAGCUUAUUACUGUGACAUUUGUGUUGGCUCUAUUGCAUGCCGCCUUGAGAAGAAGGAAGGUGGUGCUGUUCGUGUUUACAUAAUGACGUUGGGUGUUUUGGCUCCAUAUCGUGGGUUAGGUGUUGGUACGAAGCUGUUGAAUCAUGUGCUUGAUCUUUGCAUGAAGCAGAACAUUGGCGAGGUCUACUUGCACGUGCAGACAAACAAUGAGGAUGCUAUCAAGUUCUACAAGAAAUUUGGAUUUGAAAUUACAGAAACAAUCCACAACUAUUACACAAAUAUUACUCCACCUGAUUGCUAUGUCGUAACCAAGUUUGUCGCCCAACCUCAGACAAAGAAAUAAUAGCUUGGAGUUAGUUUUCUUUAUUUAUUGCUACCGCUUUGCCCUCAUCGACACCAAUCUUUGUCCAGUUUUGGGAUCUGAAGACUGUUGGGUUAUCAUUCAUUAUUCAUUAGUAAUGGUCGAAGGGAGUCAAAUGAAUUAUGUGUCUGUUUUUGGAGGUUCCAAAUCCUGGUAACUUGCCUGAAUUUUACAGGACUCGGCCAUUGGGUUUUUCUUUGUAUAAGAAUACAACUGCUGUUCAUUGUAGAGAUGCUCAAGUUAAACCAAAAAUGGUGAUUGA